UUUUGGCUGUUAACAACAUUGAUGCGCCAUCAGAAUAUCCUGAUGGUGGUAUUAGUGUUAGUAUGAUUAUAACAAAUGCGUCUCAGAUCAUAAUAGAUGGAUGUCUACUACCAGCAAAUACUAAAGAGGAGAUAGAUGCGAUGACUAAUGCAUUUUACAAAAUUUUAUCUAGUGAAGAAUUACAGCUUACCUUUGAUGCAAGAGGAUCUUCGGUUUCUUGGUUAAAUAAAAUCACACUAACUGUAGUUAUUACCAAAGAAACAAAGAUCAAUUUCAAUUAUGAAUUUAUUAAGAGUGCAUGGGACUUUAAAUUUGAUCCAAAUGAUCAAAAUUCUCCAAAACUAUUUUUACAAUACGAGCUAAAAUACACUAAUUUAUUUCCACUAGGGAUUCACAGAAUUUCUGGAAAAAUUGUCUUAAUUUAUAAAGAAUCACAAUUUGCAAUACUUAAUGUUCCAUACCUUUAA